AUGUACAAGGCACUUCUUCUUGCGGCAGCUGUGCCUGCACUUACCAUACCAACCCCGACUCAGCUCGAUACACGACAAGCAGCACCUUUCCAGCAGGAGAUGUCAGCAUGGGAUGCUGGCGCAGUCUCGGCCUACCCAAUCCAUUCCUCAUGUAAUGCCACCCAACGAGCUCAAAUUGCAGCUGGUUUGAACGAGACUAUCCUGCUUGCCGACCACGCAAAGCAGCACGUCCUUCGUUGGGGUAACAGCUCGGAGCUCUACCAGAAGUACUUCGGGGAGUUGCCUCCAUAUGAAGUCAUAGGAGCCCUGGACAUCAUUGUCAACGGAGACAAAAGUGGCGUAUUGUUCAGAUGCGAUAACCCUGACGGCAAUUGUCAACAAGCUGGUUGGGCCGGCCAUUGGCGAGGCUCGAAUGCCACCAGCGAGACUGUGAUCUGUGACCUAAGCUACCAACGUCGAAGAUGGCUGAGCUCAAUGUGUGGAUUGGGAUACACUGUUGCGGACAGCCCGACAAACACCUUCUGGGCUUCUGACCUCAUGCAUCGGUUGUAUCACAUACCUGCUGUUGGCGGCGGCUAUAUUGAACAUUGGAUUGAAACAUACGAGGACGCACUUACCUUUGCGACCAACGGCAGUACCACCAAUACCCAUGACAGUGAUGUGUUGCAGUAUUUUGCGCUUGACGCGUAUGCAUACGACAUCGCGGUGCCAGGUAGAGGAUGCACAGGUUCUGAAUCAGCUGCACCAGCUCAGGCACAGUCGAGCACGAGCGCAACUCCAAGCGCAAGUGCUGCAUCGUCAGCAUCAUCCGUACCGGCGGUCCCAGCUGCCACAAGUGCAUCACCAUCUGCUUCGCAGGUAGCGUCUCAGACAUCCAGCGCACCAGCUGAACAUGAGGCUCAUGAGGUAUAG